AUUCCUUCAUGUAAUUCGCUUUUUUGAGUUUGCCACUUUUUUUUCGCCAUGGCUUGGCCGUGCAUCAGCAGAGUCUGUUGUAUGACGCGGUUCUGGAAUCAGUUUGAUAAAUCGGAUUUGUCGGUUCCGCUGACGAUUCAGAACUAUUCGGACAUCGCGGUGCACGAGGUGCGAUCCGUGACCAAACUAGUUUCCACGGAGCCAGUGCCGAGCAUCGAGUUCGUAUCGCCGGAUCAGCGCGACUCUCCCACGACGCGGGAUGCUGCUGGAGUUCGGCGGCCGCACCGGGGAAGGACGGAACCGAGUUACAAACCCCGCGAGGACUACCACCCCCCGGGUGUGCCUUUCCAAAGCGUCACUCAGUAUAAACAGGAUUAUAAACCUUGGCCCAUUCCAAAAAAGGACAACUUCCCCUGGAUUAGUAACGGCGGGAAAAGCGUCUCUUUAACGGACAACCCGGUAAAUGGUUACUCGAAAGGCACGAAUCAGCCGCGGGCGGAGAGACAGGAGCGCAGCGGCAGGCAAAGAGGCGGAGAUCCGAUGAGCUCGUACAGGCAAGAGUCUGGAGCCCGGCCAUCCAAGUCUGGCCAAAAACGGCCCACCCUCCUCGGUACAGGCACCGAUGAGCCCUCCCCCGAGACCAGCUACCAGGCUGCCUUCAGCACGGACACACACAGACAUACAGAUGGUGUUCUGGAGACAAGCACACACACACAGCUGAGUAGCCUGUCAGAGAAAGCACGCACACAGAGGACAGAGCUCAGCGUUAAACCAGAGGAGCAGGUUUUGAAGACUAAGCCGUCACCAAACCCAUCUGCUGUCUUUCAGAGCAAAUCCAGGAUCUUCAACAUAUGAUCUGACAUCAAACUGCAAGAGUGGAUGUAUAUCGUAAAUCAGGGGAAAAAGAACAUUUGAGAAUGAAUAGGUAAUUUCAGGAUUGCAGGAUCUUGUGAAAGAUGUAAAAUCAGUUACAUUUUGAAAAGCAAAACCAGUUUAAUGAGAGUCUCCAAAUCAUUCCACAGAGGAAAUAAUAGAACUUAAGGAAUUUAGCUGAAAAUGUACACAAUGUAAAACUAUGCAAGAGAAUGUGUCUUUCAAAUGUUAAUCAUCUACUGAAAGUAAAUGUUUGUAAUACAAUUCAACUUUAAAAGGGAGUGAAAGAGUGUGAGAGAGAAAUUGCAAGUGGAGGAGUGACUGGGAAAGUUUUCACUAAAAAGACUGAAAAGCCUCAAUUUGCGGACCUUGCCAUGUCCCUCCUGAAUAAUAAUCUGCAUGUUUAAUACGUUUUAUUAUUUGUUUGUAUAUGCAAUGUUUAAAAAACAAAAAAUGCAGGGGAAAACAGCAAAAAUGUAAUAUGGUUACGUAGUGUGGGUGUGUACUGUACAAUCCUAGUUAAUUACACAUACAAUGCAUCCUGAAAGUAUUCACAGCCCUUCACAUUUUCCAAAUUUUAUGAUGUUACAGCCUUAUUCCAAAAUGGAUUAAAUUCAUUAUUUUCUUCAAAAUUCUCCAAACAAUACUCCAUAAUGACAACGUGAAAGAAGUUUUUUGAAAUCUUUGCAAAUUUAUUGGACAUGAUUUGGGAAGGCACACACCUGUCUAUAUAAGGUCCCACAGUUAACAGUGCAUGUCAGAGCACAAACCAAGCCAUGAAGUCCAAGGAAUUGUCUGUAGACCUCAGAGACAGGAUUGUAUAGAGGCACAGAUCUGGGGAAGGGUACAAAAAAAAUGUCUGCAGCAUUGAAGGUCCCCAUGAGCACAGUGACCUCCAUCAUCCAUAAAUGGAAGUCUGGAACCACCAGGAUUCUUCCAAGAGCUGGCAGCCCGGCCAAACUGAGCAAUCGGGGAGAAGGGCCUUAGUCAGGGAGGUGACCAAGAACCUGAUGUUCACUCUGACAGAGCUCCAGCAUUUCUCUGUGGAGAGAGGAGAAACUUCCAGAAGAACAACCAUCUCUGCAGCACUCCACCAAUCAGGCCUGUAAGGUAGAAUGGCCAGACGGAAACCACUCCUCUGUAAAAUGCACAUUACAGCCCACCUGGUGUUUGCCAAAAGGCACCUGAAUUACUCUGACCAUGAGAAACAAAAUUCUCUGGUCUGCUGAAACAAAGAUUGAACUCUUUGGAUUCAAAAACUUCAAAAACUUUUAUUACAGACUCAAGGUCCAAAUCUUACCCACAACAAUACAUUGAAUACACCAUAACACACAUACAUACCUACACUUAAAAACAAACAAAACAAAACAAAAUAAUAAUAGUCAUUGUUCUACCAAAAGACAGUUAUACCAGUGCUUCCACAUACGAGAUUGGUAGCGUGUAGUACUUAGCCGUAUGUUAGUUAAGCCCAUUAUUAUUUCAUUUUGUGACCCAUUAAGCCGGCACAUGAAUUUAAACAUUAGGUUUCUUAAAACAGCAUGAAAGGUCCUCACUCUUGCAGCCACAAACAUCUCACUUGCACUACACCAUCUUGGUCUUGUGAGUAACAUUCUCAUUGCAUCGUUAUAUGCUACUUUCAAUUUUAAAAGACUUGUCUUUCUAUAAUUUGACCACAAGUGAGCAGUAUAGAACGGUGUGCAAUAUGCUUUAAAAAGAAAUAUCUUUACACCAACCGUACAUGCCCUAAAUGUACGUAUAAGAGAAUAUUGGCUUGUGCGUACAUCAUGCGACAUUGCCUGUAGAUAUCUUCAUCAUCUGUCAUUCUAUCAGUGAUAAAAUGACCAAGGUAUUUCACCUUAUCACAGACACUAAGCUGAUUGUUAGCCAAUUUAAAAUCAGGGUAGUUCAAACAUUUAUCCUCUUUAGUUCUACAGAUCAUGACGACACUCUUAUUGGCGUUAUAUUUGAUAUCAUGUUCCACACCAUAUGCUGAACAAAUUUUAAGUAGCUGCUGUAAUCCAGCACUACUUGGACUAAAAAUCACAUGGUCAUCUGCAUACAUCACAUGGUUCACCAUUGAAUUACCAAUCAUGCACCCAGUAUUACAGGCCCUCAACUGCCUAGACAGAUCAUCCAUAUAGAGAUUAAAGACAGUAGGUGACAAAAUACCCCCUUGUCUGACUCCAUUGCCAACCCCAAAUAAAGCUGAGACACUACUGCCCCAUUUCACUUGCAUAGUCUGGUGGGCAUACCAGUAAGCCAAAAUUCUCACAAUAUACUUGGGCACCCCUCU